CCUACAAUCGCCGACUGCGCCAUUUUUUUGCUACGAAAAUUAAGUUUGAUUGACGUAAGAGCCUGACAAAAUUUUCGAGUGCACUUCAAGAAAACGAAAACACACAUUUCGCAUACAUGUAACAUGUUCUCAUUGAAUUCUAUAAACACACAAAAUCAGAUUCUUUUAAGUUUUAGUCAGUUAUCGUCUCGUUAUUCAAGUGUUUUCAAGCGGCAGAAACAAAGCAGUGGUAGACAUAAAGAUGUGAAGCAAAAGGAGAGGAGUUUAGCUUCGCGUGAAGCAAUAAUUUGCAAGGAAAGUUGCGAGGAAGCUUUGAGGAAUGUGGAUAAGAAUGUCUUAGCUGAAAUGCGGAGAGUCGACUUGCGCAGCCUGGCUCUUUUAUCAGCGCCGCGGCAGUCAACUUCUGCCAUCUCGGUGCUCUCGGGAUCUUGUAAAAAGAUCUCGUAUAUUUCUGAGGAUACCUUUGAGAAAAAUAAAAAUGGCUGGUCGCAGCGCAGUACGCCGACUGUGUCCGUCGAAAUUGGCGGACGUAAGACCAGACUAAGCCUAUCAGGCGCGCUGUGGCGGCCGGCGGCGCGCUGGCGGCCGACGGCGACGCUGCAGCUGCGCGAGUUCAAGACGCAGCGCAGCGUUAGCGCGGACCUGCGCCGGAACCCCAACCUCGUCAACCGACUGCGUAAGUUCUUUGGACUAAACACAUUCUCGGAAAGCACAGAAAAACAGACAGCAUCCGGACCGGACGUGGCUCCUCGGCUUGAGAAACUUCUCAAUGAAGACCACCACCUCAGCUCGCAGCAGAAAGACAAGAUCAAGAUUGCCUUCGCUGAGGGCUAUCUGGCUGGCUCGCACCCGGACAACGCCCGCGGCACGAAAGCUUCGAAAUAUCUAAGAGUGGUCCAGCAACUGCUCACCAUCGUGCUGUUCCUUGCCAUCUUCGUCAGCCUCAUGGCGUCCGUCAGCGGCACGGUCUUCCGGAUCCAGCUGGGCAACCAGGUGGAAGUGGACCCGGAGGACAUCUCCGUGACGUUCGACGACGUGAAGGGGGCCGACGAGGCCAAGCAGGAGCUGCAAGAUGUCGUGGAGUUCCUGAAGUCGCCCGAGAAGUUCUCGCUGCUGGGCGGCAAGCUGCCCAAGGGCGUGCUGCUGGUGGGUCCGCCGGGCACGGGCAAGACGCUGCUGGCGCGCGCGGUGGCGGGCGAGGCGCGCGUGCCCUUCUUCCACGCCGCGGGGCCCGAGUUCGACGAGAUCCUCGUCGGCCAGGGCGCGCGUCGCGUGCGCGACCUCUUCAAGGCGGCCAAGGAGCGCGCGCCGUGCGUCAUCUUCAUCGACGAGAUCGACUCCGUGGGCGCCAAGCGCACCAACAGCGUGCUGCAUCCCUACGCCAACCAGACGAUAAACCAGCUGCUGUCGGAGAUGGACGGCUUCCACCAGAACGAGGGCGUGAUCGUGCUGGGCGCCACCAACCGCCGCGACGACCUCGACGCGGCGCUGCUGCGCCCCGGACGCUUCGACGUCGAGGUUCACGUGCCGACGCCGGACUUCGGCGGGCGGCGCGACAUCCUGCAGCUGUACCUCGCGCGCGUGGCCGCGCACCCGGCCGUGGACGCGGACGAGCUGGCGCGCGCCACCACCGGCUUCACCGGCGCCGACCUCGAGAGCAUGGUCAACCAGGCCGCGCUCAAAGCGGCGAUAGAUGGCGCCAGCACCGUGACGAUGAAAUAUCUAGAAGACGCCAGAGACAAGGUGCUGAUGGGCCCCGAGCGGCGGUCGCGGCUGCCCGACGAGGAGGCCAACACCAUCACUGCUUACCACGAGGGCGGCCACGCCAUCGUGGCUUACUACACCAAGGACUCGCACCCGCUGCACAAGGUGACCAUCAUCCCGCGCGGGCCCUCGCUGGGACACACCGCCUACAUCCCCGCUAAGGAGAGAUACCACGUGACGAAGCAGCAGCUGCUGGCCAUGAUGGACACCAUGAUGGGUGGCCGCGCCGCCGAGGAGCUCAUAUUCGGCAACGACAAGAUCACCUCCGGCGCGUCGUCCGACCUGAAGCAGGCGACGUCGAUCGCGGAGCACAUGGUCCGCGAGUGGGGCAUGAGCGAGAAGGUGGGGCUCCGCUGCAUGCAGUCGCCGCCCGCCGACGCACUGGGGCCCUACACCAACGAGUUGGUGGACACGGAGAUCAAGAAGAUCCUGUCGGAGUCGUACGAGCGCGCGAAGGCGAUCCUGCGCACGCACGCGAAGGAGCACAAGGCGCUGGCCGAGGCGCUGCUCAAGUAUGAGACGUUAGAUGCGGACGACAUCCGCGCCAUCGUGAACGGCGAGAAACUGAAGAUCGAGCGCAAACAGGGCAAGGAGCCCAACCCCUCCCCCGCCCCCGCGCCGCCCACCGCCCCGCACCCCUCCCUCCUGCCCACCGCCCAGCCCGCCCCUGCUUAGUGCGAUGUUUCCGCCGCGAGAGUGUACCGAGAAUUUUGCAGGCCGCAGAUACCGCAAUAAAAAUAAGCAAAACUAGCUUCUCUUUCAUUGUAGCUAGCACGGCGCCAUACCGCCGACUUGUUAACGAUAUUUUUAAAAUGCUGUAAAAUUAGCCUCGUGAGAAAGUAAUUUUUUUAACACAAUAUCUAUAAAAAUAUUAUUUCUGUAAGAGUAAUUACGAAUGAUUGAUGACUACAGAGAAGUGGGACAUAAAACUUGAUCAAAUAAUGUAUUAUGACAAAAUUCAUAAAAUGUAAAACAUUUUCGUUUUCUUAAGUAAAAAAAGUGAUAGUUACUCCAUCUUUUGAAACGGUAAAACAAACGGUUGUGAUCAGAAUAUGUCUAGUCAAACUUGAUUGGAGUACAAAUUAUGAAUUUAUGGUCACACCACAGUCGGCGGUAUUUUGCGAGCAUUUUAUAUAAAAUAAAGACGGUUUCACUGCUUACCGUGAAAAAAGGAAUGCCGAAUUUCUUUAUCACGGUCGGAACAGCAACUUUAUAUCAGAAUUAUGCAGUCAAGCUCUGCAACUGCACGGCUUUUGUCAGCACAGAUCGAGGAAACAAAAAUAAAUUGUGUAACUCAUAAUAAAGUUAUGACUAUAAAACAAAAACAAGAGCCAGCGCUACUUCAUCAACAGACAGUUAAAUGAAAGUAGUUAUUUGCCUCGAUCUGCACUGACCCUAUUACAAGGCGUAAACUAAAGAUGUUCUUUAAAACUAAUGUUUUGGUUAUGAAGUCUGCGCGCCAAUAUGUCUUUAAAACUGCGACACCGAAUAGCAAAAAUAUAUAAAGGUGCUGUUUUUAAUUCUGGCAACACCAAGUUUUUUAAUGAAUGGUAACUAUCGUUCUAUUGUGUUUGUACUACUAUUUUGUGUCGCAUUAUAGUUAUCUUCCUUCCGUAAGACUGGGGGUUAUUGUGACGUAAGAGAUUUAGUGUUGUAAAUAUAAAGUUGAAUAAAUAUUGUGUGUUAUCGUCUCUGUUGUUUUAUUUCAUGCGCAGAUGGAGAUUUAAAAAUUGUGAAAUGAGAUAGUAACAAGUAAUGAGACUUAUUGAGUGAAAUAGAAAAUGGGUCAUUUUACCUAUAAUAUUGAUCCUACUCCUAAAUAGCUAAGCUUUAAUUAAUCGAAAUAUAGCGAAUUUAUUGUAUCGAAAUCUGACAUUGUACCUGUUAGUCCAUAUUUAAUAGAUAUAAAAUGAAUUGGUGGAGUACAAAAAGGUUUCAAAGAAUUUAUUUAAGGACAAUUUGAUGGCGAAUUUGUCACAAGCCUCGGCUACUUCACAAUAAUCCCAAGUUCUGUACAUGAAAUCGCAAAUCUCUUCGCGUAUUGUAUUUUAAGAAUUAGGUACUCUUAGAACGCAGGAUAUCAUUUUAUUGAAAUCCUAAAUCAAACUCUGUUUUAUCUCAAUUUCUGUUAUUUACUUUGUAGAGCUUUAGAUAAACUGCCAACUUCUAGCCGUCAUUUGAAAAGACGUACAAACAAUUGUUUUUCGAAAUUUUAUAUACAUAUUUCUUAUAUACAAUUACGAAAAAUGUGUAAUCCACAAAUAACCAAAAUGUAUAUAAGUAACUCUAUUGCAAUUUUUGUUUCUUCACAUUGUUCUAAAUAAAAAAAAUUGUUUCAAUUUCGAAAAUACUGGUGCGUAUUUUCAAUUGACGGCAAUAUUGUACUGUUUACUUAUAGGAUUAUUAUUUAAUUAGGAACCAAUUGAUCGCGCCCAGUUGAUUUGUGAAGUUGAUUACAUAUUUUUAUAUAAAGAUUGGAAAUUAGCAAAUUUACAUUUACACAUACAAAUAUCAUGUUUUAUAAUAUAUCCAGCCUUUUUCUUGCAAUAGAGAAAAUAGUACUGGAACACUUGAUUUAAUGUUACGAGUGAAAAUCAUUCAUUCUUUGAUCUUAUGAAGUUACUUGAGAAUCAAAUAUAAGCAAACUAUGAAAUUCCUUGAACUACACAAAUCAAAUGACGUUGCGUCGGAUAUUGCAAAUAAAUAAAAUGUUGACAUAAA